AGAGUAGAAAGUGCUGCAGUCAUACUCCUGACCUUGAGGGUUCAUCAAGGUUCAACAAAUUACCUACACCGUCAAGAAAUUGCUUUUCCUGGUUAGUGAGGGAUAAGGAAGGUGAGCUGACACAUCUCUCACCAAACAUGUGGAUGGCAAGGGCCUCCGUUAUUUCACGCACAGUUUGGUCUCUAUGUGUUGCGGAUCGCGGCCAUCUUCCUGAGGAGAAGAAGAAGAAGAAGAAGAAGAACACGCAUUCUGUGCAUUCUGUUCAUUCUCGCGAUUGAGUCAGUGUUCCGUGGCUAAUUCCAGUUCCAGUGUUCCAGCGCGCCAGUUUUCGUGAAGACCAAGACGAAGAAGAACACAAGAAUUACUGUUUUCACCCACCAUAACCGCAAGAUAUCAUCGAUAACUAUCGGACCAUAUUUAAAACUGCUCGACCUGAAGACCCGCAGCCAUGUGCGACCUGAAGACAGGUCUGACUUGCUAUGCCAUCGUCAUGAUAGUUUUCACAGGAUUCCUGUUGCUCGAACAAGUCCUGGCCGGUUGGGCGACAAACAUCUUUCUUGUGGGGUUCGUGAUUGCCACUGCUUUCCAUCUAUUCAUGCACUUCGUCCUGCUGGAUGGCGUGACUAAAGGACGACGGGACCUACUUCGUGUAUAUAUGAUCUACGUGUUGGUGCAUUUAGUUCUCACAGUCAUCGGCCUCUUCCUGAAAAUCAUAAUAAUCAGCCACAUUAACUUCAGGAGUAAUUCGAAAUUUGACGAUGGUGAGGAAGAAGAAAUUAGGUUCGCGAUCUAUGUGAAAAUUUUCAUAAGAGAAGCAGUCAAUAUUAUAGGAGAUUUGCUGGUCUUCUACAACGUCAGGGUUUAUUACGAGAGUUUGCCGCCAGACCAAGAGCAUGUACUGUAGUUUGCGCCGUGUAGCCUGUACUGCAGGUCCCCGACAAGCUGACACCGAAACGGUAUACCGUGAAAUUACCGUGUAAAUUUAAGAAUAAACCAAACUCGC